AUGCGCUUCUCACUGGCUCUUCCCGUCGCGUUGGCCUCCGCACUGACCCUGCUCAGCAGCUCGACGCUCGGCGCGCCCGCCACCACGCUAUCCAAGAGAGAAUUGGACCCAAACGAUGCCAAGUACUCGUUCACAUGGCGAGAAGACAGCUCAUCUCAGUACUGCAGCACCUAUCCACCCGCCGAUUUCACAGCGCGCGUAUUCGACGACUGCAGCGCUCAACUGUCCAUGCUGCGCGAUCGACGCGCCGUCGUUUAUAAUUGGGCCUUUGAUGCUCUUUAUGCCGAUGGAAGUCGGUGAGUAUGCGCGAAGCGAGCAAGCGAGCGGGCGUUCGGCGUAUCGUGUCGUGUCGUGCCGUGUCCCCCUCCCCUCACAAAGUGCAAGCUUCUCAUCGCCUGCGUGUGCACCCCUCUCCACACCACCGUAACAGCGUUCGACAAACACCUGUUCGCGAUUUCGGCAAGCUGUCCAUCAGCGAUCCAGAUUACACCACCACUGGCGGUCAGAAUUAUCGUCAAGACAGGACGCGCGGGUGAGUGAGAGAAUAGAAUGGCAGUGGUGGGCGCGCAAUGGCCCCAUCGAAGCAGCAGCAGCGGCAGCGCAUGGCGUGAGUUGCUAAUAGCAUCAUAGACAACCCGCUCCCUCUCUCCAUCCUUCUCCAACACAAUUGCCUGUAGGGAUUACAUUUCCGUGCACGACUUUACCAACGUGUGCCGCAACGGUCAAGCUCCGGUGCAGUUCCAAUUCUACGUCGUUCAGACACUGACGGCCACGUGCGCAGGCAAUGGUCGAAAUUGGUUCAAGUCCAGACCCAUCAACGUCGUUCGUGGAGGAAGCAAGGCAGGUCAAGCACCCAUCACUUCCGCCAGAAGGAUCAACAGUAAUGGCGAUUACGAAGUCAGAUGGAACGCUGUGACUGGUGCUGCAAGCUACAACAUCAUCUACCAGACCUACACCUCUGGCGCCGGAGAAACGCCGUACUACACCACGAUUCGAGGUCAGCGCGUCAAUGUAAGUCGAAAGAUUCCCUUUUACCCAAAGCGAAGCGAGAUGAGACGGUGUAUGCUGAUGAGAGGACCAUCUUAUCCUCUCUUUUAGGCCGGUCAAACCAGCGUCGUCGUAGCUACUGGCACGCGCGAGGCUGGAAGACCGCGCUUCUUCGUCGUCAAUGUGCUGAGCCAAGCCGGCGUGUGGAAUUACGCUCCCGCUCUCAGCAACUUCGAAGGCAGAUGGUGA